UUUCGAUCCAACGAGAUGAUUAAACUAGCAAUUUUCGCAUUUCUGUUCGGUCAAUGUGUAUCUUUGCGCUGUUUCACGUGCAGCUCGCAAGUGGAUUUGCACAACGGGAUGAAAAGCGAAUGCGAUUAUUUCUCUUACUGGGACAAGACCAAAAUAUCCGAAUGCGUUUUUCCCAACGUUUGCGCUAAAUAUUUCGUCGAUCAUGACGGUGUGAGAUGGGUGCACAGGUCCUGUCGUCCUUACGAUAUAUGUCCUGCAAUGGCUAUUAAAUACAACAACAACAGGAACUCUUUAGUGGAAUGCGCCACUUGCUCGGACUCGGAUCUCUGCAACAGCAGCGAGAAUAUCGAAUAUUCCUUAUCAUCGAUCACCACUGGUGUAGUUUUGAUUUAUUCCUUAAUGUAA